AUGACGACCACUCAACUGUCAUCCUCCGAGACCAACAGCUAUGACUAUCUCAUUGUUGGCGGUGGCACAGCUGGCUGCGUCAUCGCAUCUCGCCUCGCGGAAUAUCUCCCUCACAAGAAGAUCCUCCUCAUCGAGGCUGGGCCUAGCGACUUUAUGGAUGACCGUGUCUUGGAUUUGAAGCAAUGGCUCAAUCUCCUCGGAGGAGAGCUGGAUUAUGAUUAUGGCACCACCGAACAACCCAAUGGAAACUCGCACAUCCGACACUCUCGAGCGAAAGUCCUAGGAGGAUGUUCAAGUCACAACACGCUGAUCUCCUUCCGACCGUUCGAAUACGACUGCAAGAUCUGGGAAUCCCUGGGGGCCAAGGGGUGGACGUUCCCGAUGUUCACCAGGGUGCUGAACAAGCUCCGGAACACGGUGCAACCGGUUCAUGCACGACACCGCAACCAGCUGUGCAAGGACUGGGUGAAUUCAUGCAGCACCGCCAUGGACAUCCCCGUGGUGCACGACUUCAACAAGGAAAUCACCAGCACGGGCAGCCUGAAGCCGUGUGUCGGGUUCUUCUCCGUCAGCUACAACCCAGACGACGGGCGACGGUCGAGCGCCUCGGUCGCCUACAUCCACCCGAUCCUGCGCGAGGAGGAGAAGCGGCCCAACCUGAAGAUCCUGACCAACGCGUGGGUGUCGAAGAUCAACAUCGACAAGAACGACUCCGUCACCGGCGUCGACAUCACCCUGCAAUCCGGCGAGAAGCACUCCCUGACCGCCAGGACCGAGACCGUCCUCUGCGCCGGCGCCGUCGACACGCCACGCCUCAUGCUCCUGUCCGGACUCGGCCCCAAGGACCAACUGGCCUCGCUCUCCAUCCCCGUGGUGAAGAACAUGCCCGGCGUGGGCGAAAACCUCCUCGACCACCCGGAAACCAUCAUCAUCUGGGAGCUCAACAAGCCCGUGCCCCCGAACCAAACCACCAUGGACUCGGACGCGGGCAUCUUCCUGCGCCGACAAGCAGCGGACGCGGCCGCAACGAACCCGUCGGCGGUCUUCAACCCGAAGAGUCUCGCGGACGGGGACAUCGCGGACGUGAUGAUGCACUGCUACCAAAUCCCCUUCUGCCUGAAUACGACGCGGCUGGGCUACGACACGCCGAUCGACGCGUUCUGUAUGACGCCGAACAUACCGCGCCCACGCUCUCGCGGCCGCCUGUACCUUACCUCGUCCGACCCCACCGUCAAGCCCGCCCUCGACUUCCGCUACUUCACGGACCCCGAAGGCUACGACGCCGCGACCUUCGUGUUCGGGCUGCGCGCCGCCCGCAAGAUCGCCCAGCAGGCGCCCUUCAAGGACUGGAUCAAGCGCGAGGUCGCCCCCGGCAACAAAGUGCAGUCCGACGAGGAGCUGUCCGAGUAUGCCCGCCGCGUCGCGCACACCGUCUACCACCCCGCCGGCACGACCAAGAUGGGAGACGUGAGGAACGACGAGUUCGCGGUCGUGGACGAGACCCUGAAGGUCAGGGGCCUCAAGAGGUUGCGGAUCGCGGACGCGGGUGUUUUCCCCGCCAUGCCCACCAUCAACCCCAUGUUGACCGUUUUGGGCGUCGGCGAGCGGGCCGCCGAGCUGAUUGCCACGGAGGCCGGCUGGAAGGGCGAGGGCGCUGUCCAGGCGAGGCUGUAA